AAUCAGGAUCAGCGGCCAUGAAUGAGGCCCAGCAACGAGACGCCUGGGAGCUCCGUCACUGACCCCGACACCAAGCUGCAUUUGGACCAUAAACGCAGGAGCCUGGAGCCACAGUAACCUCUGGAGGAGAGGCCUGGGAAAAACAGAAGAGGACUAAAAAAUUAAAAACAGCACCAGUCAAUUUAUUCUCCAUUUUAUUUUUAUUUUGUUUUUUUUGUUAAAUAAUCCUGUCGACUCUGGAGCAUUUACCAGAAGAUAAAAAGCAGCCGUGAAUACAGGACAGGAACCUGGAGGACGGAGCAAAGAUUGCUGUGAGACACUGAACGUCAGGAGGCGAGUCUCCUGGAGGCUGUUGGCCAACAAUGAAGGUGUCACACCCAGCGAUGCCUCUCAAUCCCUGCCAUGUCUCCUUCGCACGGUGACUUCUGAUGUCCUCGGUUAAACUCACAACUGAACCAUGGUCAUUCUGCAGCAGGGGGACUAUGUGUGGCUGGACCUUAAGACAGGUCGCGAGUUUGACGUCCCCGUCGGAGCUGUGGUGAAACUUUGCGACUCUGGACAGAUCCAGGUCCUGGAUGAUGAAGGCCGGGAACACUGGAUUUUUCCUCAGAAUGCCACCAACAUCAAGCCGAUGCACCCGACCUCCAUCCACGGCGUGGAAGAUAUGAUCCGACUGGGCGACCUCAACGAAGCCGGCAUCCUCCGCAACCUCUUCAUCCGCUACAACGAACACGUCAUCUACACGUACACAGGUUCGAUCCUGGUCGCAGUGAAUCCUUAUCAGCUGCUUCCCAUCUACACUCCGGACCACAUCCGCCUCUACACCAACAGGAAGAUCGGAGAGAUGCCGCCGCACAUAUUCGCCAUCGCAGACAACUGCUACUUCAACAUGCAGAGGAACAACAAGGAUCAGUGCUGCAUCAUCAGCGGGGAAUCUGGAGCGGGGAAAACCGAGAGCACGAAGCUGAUUCUGCAGUUCCUGGCGGCCAUCAGCGGUCAGCAUUCCUGGAUAGAGCAACAGGUCCUGGAGGCCACGCCCAUCCUCGAAGCUUUUGGCAAUGCCAAGACGAUCCGCAACGACAACUCAAGUCGCUUUGGGAAGUACAUAGAUAUCCACUUCAACAAACGUGGGGCCAUCGAAGGGGCCAAAAUAGAGCAGUACCUGCUGGAGAAGUCCCGCGUCUGUCGACAGGCUCCUGAUGAGAGGAACUACCACAUUUUUUACUGCAUGUUGAAGGGCAUGGGUCCGGAGAUGAAGGCCAAACUGGGUCUGGGCCUGGCCAGAGACUACUCCUACCUCACCUUGGGUAACUGCACUGAGUGUGACGGCCGCAACGACCUCGCCGACUACUCCAGCAUACUUUCAGCCAUGAAGGUCCUCAUGUUCAGUGACACGGAGAACUUGGAGAUUUCCAAGCUGCUGGCGGCCAUCUUGCAUUUGGGCAACCUGCGAUUUGAGGCUCGUACGUACGACAAUCUGGACGCCUGUGUGGUUGUGAGAUCUCCGGACCUUCUGACUGCAGCUUCACUCAUGGAGGUGGAGGCGAAGGACGUGAUGGUGUGUUUGACGACCAGAACCCUCAUCACUCGAGGCGAAAGUGUCACCACGCCUCUCAGUGUGGAGCAAGGUCUGGACGUCAGGGACGCCUUCGUUAAGGGGAUCUACGGCAGGCUGUUCGUCUGGAUAGUAGAUAAAAUCAACGCAGCCAUUUACCGACCGCCCACCUGCGAGAGUAACAACAUAAGGAGGUCCAUCGGACUGCUGGACAUCUUCGGCUUUGAGAACUUCUUCGUCAACAGCUUCGAGCAGCUGUGCAUCAACUUCGCCAACGAGAACCUGCAGCAGUUCUUCGUCCAGCACGUCUUCAAGCUGGAGCAGGAGGAGUACAACCUGGAGGACAUCAACUGGCAGCACAUCGAGUUCACAGACAACCAGGACGCCCUGGACAUGAUCGCCAACAAACCCAUGAACAUCAUCUCCCUCAUCGACGAAGAGAGCAAGUUCCCAAAGGGGACCGACGCCACCAUGUUAUAUAAACUCAACUCGCAGCACAAGCUCAACACCAACUACAUCCCUCCUAAAAACUGCUACGAAACCCAGUUUGGCAUCCAACACUUUGCAGGAGUCGUGCAUUACGAGUCCAGAGGGUUUCUGGAGAAGAACCGCGACAGCCUCCACACCGACAUCAUCCAGCUGGUCCACUCGUCCAGGAACAAGUUCAUUAAGCAGAUCUUCCAGGCGGAUGUGGCCAUGUUUCUCUGUGGCUACCAGCAGCCCAGCACCCCCACUCCCAAGGGCGCUGAAACACGAAAGCGUUCUCCGACGCUGAGCAGCCAGUUCAAACGCUCCCUGGAGAUGCUGAUGAGGACGCUCAGCGUGUGCCAGCCGUUCUUCGUCCGCUGUGUAAAACCCAACGAGUUCAAGAAACCCAUGUUAUUUGACAGGGAGCUGUGUAUUCGCCAGCUGCGCUACUCCGGGAUGAUGGAGACCAUCCGGAUCAGGAGAGCAGGCUAUCCCAUCAGAUACAGCUUUGCUGAGUUUGUGGAUCGAUACCGAGUCCUGAUGCCCGGAAUCAAACCCGCUCACAAACAGGAGGACCUGAAGGGAACCUGUCAGCAGAUAGUCUCCGCCCGGCUGGGUAAACAGGAAGACUGGCAGAUUGGAAAAACAAAGAUUUUCUUGAAGGACCUCCAUGACAUGCAGCUGGAGAUAGAGCGAGACAAAGCCAUCACUGAUAAAGUCAUCCUCAUUCAGAAAUCAGUGCGUGGCCUAAAAGCGAGGACAAACUUUCUCCGACUCAGGAGCUCGGUGGUUUUUAUUCAGAAGGUCUGGAGGGGUUAUAGGAGCAGGAAGAAUUACCAAAUUAUGAGGUCGGGUUUCAUCCGCCUCCAGGCGGUCUGCAGGUCCAGGAAGUACUACAGAAGCUACCGGAUCACUCGGCGCCGCAUCACCCUCAUCCAAGCCCGCUGCCGAGGCUUCCUCGUCCGUCAGACCUUCUGGAGACGUCUGCGGGCCGUGUUGACCAUCCAGGCCUACACCAGAGGCAUGAUAGCCAGACGCCUCUGCCAGAGGCUGAGGGCCGAGCUCCAGCGGCGGCUGGACGCCGAGCGGCAGCGCCUGACCGAGGAGGAGCAGCUGCGGAACCAGAUGACGGUGCGGCGGGCCAAGGCGCAGGCCGAGAGGAAGCACCAGGAGCGGCUCUAUCUGUUGGCCCGGCAGCAGGAGGAGCGGGAGCGCGAGGAGAAGGAGGAGGCCAGGAGGAAGAAGGAGCUGCUGGAGCAGAUGGAGAGGGAGAAGGAGCAGCCGGUCGACCACUCCGACAUGGUGGACCGCAUGUUUGGCUUCCUCGGCGACUCGGGCCCGUUACCGAACCAGGACGGACAGGCACCAGCCGGCUUUGAAGAUCUGGAACAAGCUCCUCGCGGCGAGGAGCCAGAUGAGAUGUCGAACGACGCGCCGCCGUUGCCCGACGAAGAGGAGGAAGACUUGUCCGAGUACAAGUUCUCCAAGUUCGCCGCCACCUACUUCCAGGGCCUUUCCACUCACACCUACAUCCGACGGCCGCUGAAGCAACCGCUGCUGUUCCACGAGGACGAAGGGGACCAGCUGGCUGCUUUAGCUGUCUGGAUCACCGUGCUGAGGUUCAUGGGGGACCUGUCGGAGCCCAAAUGCCAAGUGGUCCUCAACGACGGCAGCGAGAAGAUCCCCGUCAUGACCAAGAUCUACGAGACGCUCGGCAGGAGGACGACCUACAAGCGGGAGCUGCAGGAGCUGCAGGUGGAGGAAGAGAACAGCUCCACGGACUCUCAGAAGAGAAACAGCGUCAGACACAAACUGGUGUCUCUGACCCUAAAGAGGAAGUCAAAGAUAACAGAAGAGGUGACCCGGCGGCUGACGGAGGGGGCGGACUACGGCCUGCAGGGGAACAGCAUGCUGGAGGACCGGCCCACCUCCAACCUGGAGAAGCUUCACUUCAUCAUUGGCAACGGCAUCUUACGCCCAGCCCUCAGGGAUGAGAUCUACUGUCAGAUCUGCAAGCAGCUGACACAGAACCCGUCCAAAAGCAGCCACGCUCGAGGAUGGAUCCUCCUGUCACUCUGCGUCGGCUGCUUCUCGCCCUCCGAGAAGUUCGUCAAAUAUUUACGAACCUUCCUGAAGAACGGCCCUCCUGGUUAUGCUCCGUACUGUGAAGAGAGGCUGAGGAGGACGUUUGUGAACCGCACGCGAACUCAGCCGCCAUCUUGGCUGGAGCUGCAGGCCACCAAGUCUAAGAAGCCCAUCAUGCUGCCUGUGACGUUCAUGGACGGCACCACCAAGACGCUGCUGGCCGACUCUGCAACCACCGCCUUCGAGCUCUGCAACGCUCUGGCAGACAAGAUCAACCUGCGUGAUCGCUUCGGCUUCUCCCUCUACAUCGCCCUGUUCGAUAAGGUCUCCUCUCUGGGCAGCGGCAGCGACCACGUCAUGGACGCCGUCUCCCAGUGCGAGCAGUACGCCAAGGAGCAGGGCGCCCAGGAGAGGAACGCCCCCUGGAGGCUGUUUUUCAGGAAGGAGAUCUUCAGCCCCUGGCACGACCCGACGGAGGACUACGUCGCCACAAACCUCAUUUACCAGCAGAUCGUCAGAGGGGUGAAGUUUGGAGAGUACCGCUGCGAGAAGGAGGAAGAUCUGGCCGAGCUGGCCUCCCAGCAGUACUUCGUGGAUUACGGCUCGGAGGUCCUCCAGGAGCGCCUGCUCAGCCUCAUCCCGUCCUACAUCCCCGACAGAGAAGUCACCUCAGCCAAGACGGUGGAGAAGUGGGCUCAGCUCAUCAUCAGCGCCCACAAAAAGGGACUGCACCACAAAAGGAGGCCGAGCACCCAGAGGGUGAAGGAGGACGUGGUGGACUUCGCUCGGUUGAAGUGGCCUUUGCUCUUCUCUCGCUUCUACGAGGCCUUCAAGUUCUCAGGGCCCAGUCUGCCCAAGAAUGAUGUGAUCGUGGCGGUAAACUGGACCGGGGUUUACUUUGUGGACGAGCAGGAGCAGGUCCUGCUGGAGCUGUCGUUCCCGGAGAUCACCGCCGUGUCCAGCAGCAGAGGAGGCAAGCUGCAGGGUCAGAGUUUCACCCUGGCCACCAUCAAAGGAGACGAGUACACCUUCACCUCCAACAACGCGGAGGACAUCCGGGACCUGGUGGUCACCUUCCUGGAAGGCCUCAGGAAGAGGUCCAAGUACCUGGUGGCCCUGCUGGACUGCCCCAGCCCCGCUGGCGUGGACUCCACCUUCCUGAGCCUCUGCAAGGGCGAUCUGAUCCUCCUGGACGAACACGACGGCGAGCACGUGAUGAACUCCGGCUGGGCUCACGGCGUCAACGACCGGACCAAACAGAGGGGCGACUUCCCCGCCGACGCCGUCUACGUGCUGCCCACCAUCACCAGGCCGCAGUACGACAUCGUGGCUCUGGUGACGAUGACUCCUGAUCAGAGGAGAGAGUCUCUCAGUUUGUCCCAGAUGAGCCUUUCUGAGACGGACAAAUCCAAGGCCUACACCCUGGAGGAGUUUUCCUACGACCACUUCAGGCCGCCCCCGAAGAGCACCCUGAGCCGGGUGAUGAUGUCCAAGGCUCGGGGGAAGGAGCGCCUGUGGAGCUGCAUCAGGGAGCCGCUCAAACAGCCGCUGCUGAAGAAGGUGCUGGCCCACGACGAGCUCUCCCAGGAGGCCCUUCUGGCCUUCAUAGCUGUGAUGAAAUAUAUGGGCGACUACCCGUCCAAGCGCGCGCGAUCCGUCAACGAGCUCACCGACCAGAUAUUCGAAGGCGCGCUGAAGGCGGAGCCGCUCAAAGAUGAAGUCUACUGUCAGAUUCUCAAACAGCUCACGGACAACCACAUCAAGUACAGCGAGGAGAAGGGCUGGGAGCUGCUGUGGCUCUGCACCGGUUUGUUUCCUCCCAGUAACAUCCUGCUGCCUCACGUCCAGAAGUUCCUGCAGGCCAAGAAGCACUACCCGCUGGCUCCGGACUGCAUGCAGCGGCUGCAGAAAGCCCUACGGAACGGAUCGAGGAAGUACCCUCCUCACCUGGUGGAGGUGGAGGCCAUCCAGCACAAGACCACCCAGAUUUUCCACAAGGUUUACUUCCCUGACGACUCGGACGAGGUGUUUGAAGUGGAGUCGAGCACGAAGGCCAAAGAUUUCUGCCACAACAUCUCCGGACGGCUGAUGCUGAAAUCCUCGGAGGGCUUCAGUCUGUUUGUGAAGAUCACCGAUAAGGUCAUCAGCGUCCCAGACGGCGACUUUUUCUUCGACUUUGUGAGGCACCUGACAGACUGGAUCAAAAAGGCGAGGCACGGUACGACCGGCGCGGCGCCUUCGCUCACCUACCAGGUGUUCUUCAUGAAGAAGCUGUGGACCAACACGGUGCCGGGCAAAGACUCCAUGGCCGACUCCAUCUUCCACUAUUACCAGGAGCUGCCCAAGUAUCUUCGUGGCUACCACAAGUGUUCCAGGGAGGAGGUGCACCAGCUGGCGGCUCUGAUCUACAGGGUGAAGUUUGACGAGGAUAAAUCACAUUUCCAGAAUAUUGCUAAGAUCCUGAAGGACCUUGUCCCUCAGGACCAGAUCCGUCUUCUGUCCCCAGACGACUGGAAGAGGACGAUCAUGACGCUGUUUAACAAACAGGCAGGAAAAACCCAGGAAGAAGCCAAACUCUCCUUCCUGAAGAUCAUUUACAAGUGGCAGACGUUUGGCUCCGCCUUCUUUGAGGUCAAGCAAACAACAGACCCAAACUACCCAGAAACUCUCCUGAUUGCAAUCAAUAAACACGGAGUCAGCCUGAUUGACCCAAAGACGAAGGACAUCCUGACCACUCAUCCCUUCACAAAGAUCUCCAACUGGAGCAGCGGCAACACGUACUUCCACAUCACCAUCGGCAACCUGGUGCGAGGCAGCAAGCUGCUCUGCGAGACGUCCCUGGGUUACAAGAUGGACGACCUCCUGACCUCUUACAUCAGCCAGAUGCUGACGACGAUGACCAAACAGCGAACCUCCAGAGGCAGCAGCAAGUAA